UUAAGGCCGUCUUUUCUGGCCUCCACUACCACUGAUAUAUAAAAUUGAGGAAUUGUUGUGCAAGAAGCUUGGCGUAUUGGUUUUUCAUUUAAUAAAUCGGUUUCUGCCAAAAUUCCAACUUCUUUGCUCUUUUAAUACAAUCAAAGAAAGAAGAAGGAGAAAGAAAUGGGAGGUGGCAAUGGACAGAAGGCAAAGACGGCUCGCGAAAGGAACAUGGAGAAACAGAAAGCUGCUGCUAAAGGGAGCCAGCUUGAAUCAAACAAGAAAGCCAUGUCAAUUCAGUGCAAAGUGUGCAUGCAGACAUUCAUUUGUACCACUUCAGAGGUGAAGUGCAGAGAGCAUGCAGAAGCAAAACACCCAAAAUCUGACCUAUUUGUUUGUUUCCCUCACCUUAAGAAAUGAAACAAUAAGAUUAAAAAAGAAAAUUGUAGAGCUGGGUUUCAAGCUCCCACUCAUAUCAUAUCCUUGUUUCCAUACGCUGUUGGAUAUCAUUGCUAUGUUUAUGAAAUAUGUUGAUAUUAUUUGCUUGGCCUUAA